UUUCAAAUUUUUUAGGAUAGUGUGUUAUUUAGACGAGUGUCAUAUUCAUAUGGUAAGAUUAAGAUGGUAAACAUUGGCAACUAAUGUCAUUUGAUUGACAUAUUGUAAUUUUAUAGGCUUUAUUUAAAUGUUACUGAUGGAAUUAAUUACUUAGGCUAAUACUUGUCGUUAAACCAGCCUGAAAUACUGUCCAUACUUACUGUAAACUGUAGACUGUAGAAGAGUAAGGCUCAGUUUAUGAGUACGCCGUGACUUUGCCGUGAGUGCCAUGACUACCCUACUAACCACUCAUCACUACAACUACACUCUUAGUUACUUAACUUGUAAAAUUGUAAUUAAUUUAUUAAUUGUCCCUUGACAAUACUCAUUUAUCAUCAGUUUACCCAAACUGACUAUUAAAUUAAUUAUUCAAAUCAAUAUAAUUGAAUGUCUUAAUGCAUCCGAAAAAAACAAAAUUUUAUGUAAAUGUAAUUGAAUAAUUUGUGAUACUACUAUACUGUAAGGCGGCCUAAUAAGGCCUAAAAGGCAGGGAACCUUUGUAAUUGUUAGCCUUGUUUUAAGGCUUGUUUCUGUUGUUAAUCAAUUUUGAAUAUCAAUAAAUAAUCUAUUAUAAAUAUUUAGUCUAAUUGCUAUAAUCAAAUAAUCAUACAAUGUAACAAUUUGUAACUAGCAGACAACAGAAAAUUCCAUGCGUGAAAAGCUUGAAUAAGUCCAUAUGUAAAAAGGAAAAAUGAGGCCUCUUUAAAUUUGAGACAUAUGCCAAAUUUUUUGCUUGCAUUUUAUGAACCCUGUACUGUGCCACAAAUUACUUUUAGAAGAUAGAAUGAUUAAUCUGUUUGAAAGUUUUAUCAUCGUCCAACACUCUUCUAAUCUGUUAAUUGGAAGGUAAUAGAACUAACAUUAACAUGCUAGAAUUUCCUAUCAGUAAUCUUCUUAAGACCAUAAAUUAUAAAUGCCAUAAUGUUGUCGUGUUGUGGAAAAUGUAAAAUGUAAUACAAAGUUGAACAUUUACCCAUUAAAAAGAAAGAAAAAAAAAUUCGCAGCCUGAUACACUAUCAUAAUUAUUUUUUUUUUAUUAUUGUAUAGUUUUAAAAUUUCAUCUCCAUUCAAUUUGUAAAAAUGUAUUUUUAUUUGUCCACCCCAGUUAGAACUUAGCAAUAAAAUUGCAUAUUAAAUAUAAGUUGAUUUAUGGGCAUUCCCUCUCUACUUCAAACUGAGCUGCACAGUAUGUCAUAAAAAUAUUUUUUAACAUAGCAAAUUUUAUUGUUUAUUAUUUUAUAGCUAGUUGUAUUAGAUGUGCAAUUAUUUUUUUCUGCUAACAGGUAAAACCAAACCAAAUUGACAAUGAAGAAUCAGGACUGUAAAGAUAGAAAAGCAAUAAAAAGUUAUAGUUUAAUAUCAUCAAAUUGUGAACCUAUACCAACUCCCACUAGAGGUAUGUUGACCCAAUUUUUUUAUUUUAAAGAUUUUAAAAUGAAUAUCAUAUCUUGAUUAAUUUCUUGAUUAAAAAAUCACUGCUUAUUGAAGAAGCAUAUCAUGUCAUAUCCUAUAGUUUCCCUAAAAAAAAUCAACAAACUUUGAUCAUACUAAUAGUUACAAUAUACAAUACAACAUAAUCAAGUGUAUUGUCUCAAAUUUUUAUAAAUAGCAGCAACCAUAUAGUUUGAAGUAAUUACUCUGCUAAAAAAAUAAAUUCAUGUUGUGAUAAGGUUUAAUGAAAGGUUCUUUCUUUCUGGAUGUGAAAGGCAAAGCACAAGCUGUCUCUGAUUUAACACCAGAUUCACCUCCCUCCAGUGUAGAGGACUCUGGUGAUUCUUUAAAAAAUGCAGCACGUGAGUCAGUGGUAACACCCACAAAGGACAUGAGUAGUAGUCUGGUCAACGAUGUAGAAUCCCUAGAAACAGCUACAAAAACAGUAAAAAAUGAGGCCAGCAAAGAUUCAUCAUAUAAAGCUGUUGCAGAUAAUACUGAUUUGGAGGAACACACAACCAGGAAACCAAAAACUAGCGUCAAAGAAAGCAAAGUGGUUAAAACAAAAAUAACUGAGGCGGCCACCGUAUCGCCUUCUGUCCCAAAGACCAAAGUUAGAAAAAGUGCAAAAAAAUCAGUUAUUGAUUCUGAGACCCAGAAGGAGUCAACUAAAGCCAUUUCUGGCAGACAAAAGUGAGUGCCUUCUAAUAUGUUUGAGUGCAUGUCUGUUAUAUGAGACCCUCUCAUUCUUCCAUAAAGAUUUACAUUGUUAAUAAUUUUCAGACAUUAUCUUUACUAUAAUUUACCUGUGAAAUAUUUCAGAAAAAAGACCGCUGAACCAGUCCAGAAAAAUACCAUCACAAAUUAUUAUCCUGUCCGUAGAAGUGGCAGACAGACAAAGUCUGAAAUUGAGGUUUGUAAUUUCUUAGCAGCGUAAAAGUUGAAUGGGAAUGAAACGUUUUUAUUACUCCAAUGUGAUUCAUAGGAAUUCUAAGAGUAGUCAGUACAGGACGAUUGUCGGAUGUCUCAACUUAAUGUUAUUAUUUUUAUUAGGUAUUUAAAUGAGACACGAAGAUUUGUGCUGCACAAAAAAAAUGAUCUAGUUAUCCUUUUAUUAUUUUGUUUUUCAAAGUGCCAACUACUGCAUUAAUGAUUUUUUAAACUCCACAUCAACCCCAUCCAUGUUUAUUACUGAAUGUGCGAGAGAUUUGAAAGUCCUAACUUAAAUAGUUAUUAGAUACCAGAGAUCAAAAUUCACUCUUGACAUCAUUAAAAUGACAUGCAUCAAAUAUUUUAAACAUGUUACAUAUUUCUUAAGAUUUAAGGUACAUCUGUAAAUUAAGUACUUCUGUUAUAAUGAAACCGAGCUUUGUUCAGUGGAAGAGUAAAAAUUAAUUUAAAUUUAACUUAGAAUACCCUUUUUUUAUUUGCUGGGGGAAAUACUAUUGUACAUCUUAAAACUUUAAAAAAAAAAUGCAAUUACAGAAUUUGUUAAAGUGUUGCAUAAGUUAUCAUUUUAAAAAAAUUAGCCUAAUUUCCUGUCAUAAAUGAUGAAAAAUAACUUUAAAUGAAAUUCAUCCAAAGCUUUAACAAUUACUUUAUUUAUAGCUUUAAAUGCAUCUUUUCUGCUAGAUAAAAUCUGUUUCUCUUCUUUGCAACUUAAACGAUUGGCUGUCAAUUUUGUUAUGUUAUUACUAUUACUGCAGAAAGCAAAACAGCAUCAACUUGAGCAGCAAAUAAAGGAACAGUGUGAAGAUGGUUUGGAGGUUGGUAAAAUUUAUGUAUUUCUAUUAAAAAAAUUUUUUUUUUCUUAUUGGGCUCAACAAAAGAAAUGUAAGAUUGAAACACAUUUUUUAAAAUUGUUCGUAAUAUUUGUAACUGAUUUUUGUUCCUCAGAUAAAAAACUUUGAAAACAAAGGUCGUGGGAUUGUUGCCACUAAAGUGUUUAGGAAAGGAGACUUUGUUGUAGAGUAUGCAGGUGAUCUCAUAGACCUGGAAACAGCUAAAGUAAGAGAGGAAGAAUAUGCACUGAAGCCAGGGGUUGGAUGUUACAUGUAUUACUUCAGCUUAGCAGACAAGCAAUAUUGGUGAGAAAUUUUUACGUAAUUCCCCUGUACUGGUGAGACAUGUUAAGUUAACAUAUUCCCUUGUACCGGUGAGACAUUUUAAGCCAAAACAUUUCCAUUGUGCUGGUGAGACAUUUUUAGUUAAAUAAUUUCUUGUACUGGGGAGAAAUUUUGGUUAAAAUUAUUCCCUUGUACUGGUGAGACAUUUUUAGGUAAAAUAAUUCCCUUUUACGGGUGACACAUUUAUAGUUAAAAUAGUUCCCCAGAUGGAAAAGGGUUGAUUUUAGCCCUUAAAUUCACUCAUUUCAGACUCUCGGAAUUGUCUGACAUGGUACUUUCAGCCUGCUUUGUAGUUUUGUCCCUCAUGAGUCUGUUUUUACAUAGAUGUCCUAGAAUGAUUUUAUGUCUUGUAAAACAAAAUGAUAAGGACAAGGAUGAUUGAGACCGAAACUUGAAAUGAAAUUAGAUACUUGCAGCACAAGGUAAAAUCGGAAUAUACACAGUGCUAAAAAAGUAAUAUAGGAUAAACACAGUACUACUAAAAAUAGUAUACGCACAGCACAAAAGUUAAACAGGAUAUGCACAGCACAAAGUUAAAUAGGAUAAACAUAGUACAAAGUAAAAUAGGAUAUACACAGCCCAAAACAAUCUUUGGUUUAAACUGAGACUAUACAACAAACAUUGGCUUAAAGCCUUCAUCAGCAGACAGCCGAGUAAACAUAUAUGAAAGUAAAAAUUGGUAGAAAUUUAUUCUUCAUGGGCAUAUUUUAGUAAAUAAAAAAUUGGCCUCUUUGUCUUCAUUCAAUUAUGUGCAAUAAAUCCUGUUACAACUAAUUCAUAUGCCAUUAGAGACCGACCAAAUUUUGGCUUAGGCUUUUGUUUUGGCGCCGAAAGUUGCCAUUUGAUAACUUUCGGCCUAGUUUCAGUUUCUAUAUAUAUAUAGAUUCAACCUUCUCUCUAUAUCCAAAUUUACACUUGAGAUCAUGGGUCAGCUAUUUAAACUUUUGAUUUGGGAAAAAUAAUAGAUGAUAAUAACAAUAACAAUAGAUAAUAAUAUAAUAAUAACAAUACUGUAUUGUAAGAGUGAUGAGAUUCUGUGAACAUGUUCGUUUAUACUUUAUAAUUUAUCCAAUGAGUAGUUCUAUACUGCUGUAAGUUGUGAAUUUAAAAAUAAGCUUUAAAAAAUGUAUUUUUGGAUUGUUUUUUCCUAAAACUAGAAGUCAAUAUUUAAACACGAAAUUGAAACCAGUAGAUGGUUUGUUUUAAAUAAUUUCUGUAUGUCAGUGUCUCAUUUUCUCUUUCAGUGUCGAUGCUACUGCAGAGACCAAUUUCUUGGGUCGGCUGGUGAACCACAGUAGGGAUGGGAAUUGUUGCACCAAGGCUGUCAUGAUAGACAAAAUACCACACCUCAUCCUAAUAGCUAGUCGUGAUAUACCCAGUGGGGAAGAGCUCUGCUAUGAUUAUGGUGACCGCAGAAGAGAAGCACUUGAGGUGCACCCUUGGCUCAAGUUGUGAUUAGAGCUGGUGCUAUGAGCUUGAUGUAUUUCUUGGUUGAGAGUGGCUACACUACAUCAAUUAACAGAACAUGUGUGGCUUCAUGUGGGGAUUUAUGCUGUGCCAUUAACAUGCAGCCUUAACAUGGUACUUUAAAUAACAAAUAAUAAAGUGAGUUAUCGUCAAGUAGUUCAUAAAUCCAUUUCUCUACAAGGAAUGCUGUUUCCUGUUCUUGGACUGUUGAUUAAUUUUUGCAGGAUUUUUAAAAGGUCUAGUUCUUAAAAAAAACGGCGUCAUAAGGCCUGACAGGCCUAUACAUUUCUGUUUCUUUAUAAUGGAAUGACAGUGGAUUUAAAAAAAUGAAGAAAAUGGAGUAAUUUUUGUUUCCCUAUCCCUUGGUGGAGGUGAAAUGAAGAUUGUUUCAAUAACUUUUCUCAUGUGUCCAAACUCAAAACAUUGGAUUUUUUAACAAUCAUUCAUCUACAUGGUUUAUGUGGAGUUACAUUUUUGAUAUACCGGUAAUUUGAAGGGCAGCGAGGAAAAAAGGUUCACUAAUGUGUUAAGACCAGAUUUAUAUUUCAAUAGGUCAUCUCCCCUUCAUCACUCCUGACUCUAAGGUUCAAGAGUCCUUGAUAGAAGUAAAAUCUAUUUUAAUUUUCAAAUAAUGAUAUUAAUUAUUUUAACUUUAAACUCGAUAAUCUGUCGAAAUGAACUUCAGUGCUUUUCUUACUAGGUCAGAUUUAAGGUACUUUUUCUACUAGACCCUUUUCAUUGAUUUGGGAGAAACUCAUGAACAGGAUAUAAUAUGAUGUAUGAAAGUUAAAGGAUGAUCUAUGAGAUAAAAUUUGACUCCCUUAAGGUAGUGCUCAGCCCUGUGUCAUGAGUAGAUAUGGACUGAAAACAGAGUAAGAAUAGUAAGAUGGUUAUUUUAUUUAAGUGCUUAUUGAACUGAUUUACCCACAGCUUGAAUGCUGAGGGUUAAUUUGUAAGAAAACAUGAGAUACAAUUCUUUGACUGAUUCAAAUGCUGUGUGUUUAAUGUUUUGUGUUUGCAAUUAAAGAGUCAGGACAUCAAACUUAAAAGUUAUUCAUUUAGCUGUAUUCUCUGCGGAAAUAUUUUUUUCUUUCUAGGUUAUUUCCCGUUUACUUAUGAUCACUAGUCUGUCUUCUUACAUCUCAGGUUCACACUGGUGGUUUCAGUCAAGCUGACAUUUUAAAUGACCAUAUAUGAUAUAUGUCUGUACAAAGGAUAACUCUUGAACGUCAUUACACUCAUGUACAGCCGUGCUAUUUAAUGUAGAUUGAUGUGAGGUAUUAAUUAAUCUCUUCUUAAUGAUAUGAAUUGUAAUAAGUUUCAGGCUUAUUUUGUUUGAUGUCCAAGUCCAACACUUGAGAGUUGUACAUUGUGACCUUCUCUAUCCACACUCUAUCGGCAGCUCCUGGUUGUGACCUUAACGUACCACAUUGUUGCCAUGGAUGCUCUGACCUGAUCAUAGAACCAUCCUUCAGGGCCAGCAAUGACUAACUGAAAUUAUGCAUGCACAGAGCCAACAUCAGAUAGCAUUUUAUUUGUUAAUUAGAUUUGAUUUCAGAAUUUUUAAAUCUCAUUUUAUAUAAGUAACUGCAUUUAUAUAUGUAAUUGUAAUUAUUUCUGAAUAAAAUGUGUCUAGUGUUAUUGAUAUCUGAAUGUUGUCAAGAGUAUGAGAAUCACUGUUGUUACGCUUAGAUCACUGUUGCUAUAUGAGAUGGCGGUUGUUCGUUAUUGACUAUUUAACUUGUGUGUUGCUUAGUGUUUGGCUGGAACGACUUGAUUAUUGGUCGGAAAGUAUUUAAUAGCAAUAGUUUAGGAAUUGUUAAUAAAUGAACUUAUUUCGUGC